CAGGAGGAAGGUAGGACGCAAUCUCAACUUAGUGGGUAAAAUGCAUUGAGAAACUCAUCUUGACAGGGAAGAAGGAAGUUCUCAUUUAUAGCAAGUGAGUUGUCAUUUGAACAGGAUACAUACAUUUUAUGAACAUUCAGUACGCAGAAGAUAAAGAUCUGCUGAGGAUGGACUGGUACCUUCUAGUGAUGGUGCUCUCAUUGGGAUUACCGUCUGCCGCCCAGAAAAACUGCUCUUCUCAAUGUUUAACCUGCGCACAGCUAAUCUCCGAGGUGGACUUUUCCUUUGAUAGACUGGCUUGCACUUUGGAGUGUGAAGGCAUCUUGCCACCUACUUCUGAGUUAGACAAAUGCCAGAGAGUCUUGGAAUUCUUUACCAGUUCAACAGGGUUAAACGAAAUGAAUGAAGAUAAUGAAGAUACGAUUGAAUCGGAAUCGUUAGACCUGCGAGGCACAUUGGUGGGUCCGAUAGUAAAGCGAUACGGGGGAUUUCUUAAAAAACUAGACAAAAAUAAAAUAUUCAACCUCGUCUCGAAGAAAAAUGACUAUCGCAAAGCAAAGAAAUACAGCAGGAUUUUCAGAAAAGCCGGAGAAGGUGAUGUGCCUGAUAUCGGACAGUUGGUACCGCAGCGGCUGGACGGAGCGGAGCUGGACCGCGAUGCAUCGGGCAAGAUGAAAAGAUACGGGGGCUUCGUACGGAAAUUUGGCGGAAGAAGGAGCGGGGAGGAGGACGGCCGAGGGGUGCUGCAGAAGCGUUACGGGGGUUUCCUGCGAAGGAUCCGACCUAAGCUGAAGUUUGUCAAUCAGAAGAGGUACGGCGGCCUUUUCAGGCGCCAUUUCAAAGUUUCCCCUCGAUCGGAAGAGGAGCCAAACUCCUAUAAUAACUUUGAUCCGUAGGUCAUUGUUGGGACUAUAACUGUCAGCGAUUAUUGCAAAUGUACCAAAAUUCUCAGUGUUCCUUAUUAACCCUAAUCUCUUACUUGAAAAAGCACUUUAUGGCUGUGGGGGGUCGCAAUGACAUUAGCUUGUAUCUGUGUUUCAGUACAUUCUUUAAGAUUAAGGUUAAAUAUUUAAAUGUUACAUGUAAAUGGAAAAUUUCUUUCUUGCACAUGUAUGUUAAAAUUAAUUAUGCUUGUUUAAUCACAAUAAACUGACGUGCUUUUA